GUCGGGGGAUAGUUUACCGAGAUAACUACGAAAUACUAUAAAAGCAGAUGCAUUCAUCAGCACAGAUACUAAGUACUUAGAACAAAACAUGGCUGGUUUUAAGAGUAUCACUGCUAUCAUAGUGCUGAUCGCCUUAUUGGCUGUUUGCUUGGGUCAGAGCGCCCAAGGUGGACCGCACGUGUCUCAAGGCGGCCCUCACCAAAACCAAGGGAGAGCUCGUCGCCAAGUAGAAGAAGAAAAUCUAGAGGCAAAUGUCGGACCAAAUCCUCUAAAUCCUAUGAAUUGGACUACAUGCGAUGUAACAGUCAUACCAAGGAUCUCUUGCCACGAUUGUAACACUCGCGUCAUUUGCAAGCCCAUCGGUGGACUUCUGAAGAGCUGCAAUGAUCCUGCGAGACCUCACUGCAAUCUUGGCAUCUGUUCAGCUGUACCCAGUCUUGCGUGUGCUUAGGCAAUUCAAGAGCAUGUAACUUUAGU